CCCAUUUCUAUUGAUCUAGGAAUAAAGGCGUUACAAGCUAACCAAUGCCGUUUUCUGCAGCUGACCGCCUCAGAUGCCUUUGUACUUUGAAGCAUGUUUUAUUUUACCAAGAUUCUAGAAAGCUUCGACAUACAAUAUCUAUUACCAACCUUUUAACAACUAAAAGUCGUCUUUUUUCGCAAAGUUCCACAUUUUCAAGUCGAUACAAUAUCCUAUACUUUGGCACUGAUAACUUCUCGGUAGCAUGUUUCAAAUCACUUUUGACUAAACGAGAAUCAAUCAUAAAAAAUAUUCAAGUAGUCACACCUCCAGAUAAUUUGAAGGCAAAAAUUGUCACAAAUCAAGAAGUGCCUUUAAAGCGCUUUUGUAAACAGAAUGGUAUUCAAUGUGUGGAUGCACCGCCCAAAUCUCUUGCAGGAUGGCAGCUACCCGAGUUACCUUCUGGCGAAGCAUAUGACAUUGCAGUGGUUGUGUCAUUUGGCUAUUUUUUGCCUCGUCAUAUCAUACACGAGUUUAAGAUUGCUGCCAUCAACGUUCAUCCUUCUCUGCUACCAAAAUACAGAGGGUCAUCUCCUAUACAGUAUACAAUUUUGAAUGGAGAUAAUGAAACUGGAAUUUCAGUCAUAGAACUCAGCCCUAAAAGAUUUGAUGCAGGCAGAAUUUUAAAGCAAACGCACAUUUCCAUUCCAACAAAUUUAUACUUUGAGGAUCUACAUAACAUGCUUGCAAUACAUGGCGGAGAUGCUUUGAUUGACACAAUAGAGCAUUUGGAUGAGCUGCAAAAGCACGCACUUACUCAAGAUGAAUCUUUGGUUACUUAUGCUCCACGGCUUGAAAAAAGUGCAGCAGUGAUAAAUUGGAAUAAGCAAAAGGCAGAGCAGAUUUAUUCAUUGCAUCGUGCGAUUAGCUCAAGGUUUCCACUUACUACCAUGUUCCGAGGUGAAAUCUGUAAGCUUAUAGACAUAGAAGCCCCGCUAUCACCAGCUACUCAAAAAGAAAUUGGGCUUCCUGAUUACAAGAGUACAUUGCAGGGAAGUCUCGUUUAUUUAAAAAGUAGAAGCACAAUAUAUUGCUGUUGUGUAGAUGGCUGGAUAGGAAUUCGGUGCCUUCAAAUGCCAACCAAACGUAAGCAGCACGCAGAUGCAUUUAACAAUGGAUAUUUUAACUACAAAAACCAUAAUCAAUUUGACAGUUUGGAAUGAAGUUUUUCCAAAGCAACGGACAGUUGCUGGAUUCUAAUGGCAUUCAAUGGUGCUUCCUGAAAAUUCGAAAUAGUUUUUUCCUUGUAGAUAUCGACUGUGUUUUGUAACGACACUGGCAAAGAAUCCAAUACAUUGAAUGCGUGUUCAUUCCCAACUGUAAUCUGAAGCGUGGCCGUAUUUUCUACUUUUUCUAACGAGUCGGAGCUGUCGUUUGGAAAUUCAUCAGCUUUGUCCUUUUGCAGUGUUGGAAAUGUUUCUGCGUGUGAGGUUGUGGCGUGAUAAGAGACUGUCUUUAAAUGACCUAGUUG